AUGAAGAUUGCAGUCUUUCUUGCCACCAUGGCGACGUUGGCCAAAGCUGACCGAGACUACCCUCCCGUUCCUGCCGCCAUGAACUACGAUUCUCCCGAAGAGGCCAAGAUUGUGGAGCACUACGUGCCAGAACCAGUACCUGCAGGCAAGGUCGGCAAAGGCGGCAUGAUGAGCGGCGGCAUGAGCGGUGGCAUGAGUGGUGGCAUGAGCGGUGGCAUGAUGAGUGGCCCUGAGCCUCACGAUGACGUUUACUACCACGACGACGACCCGUUCGACGACCACUACUAUCCAGGUGGCGAUGACAACCACCACUACGAUGACUACUAUCCUUCUGGCAAGGGUGGCAAAGGAGGAAAUGGUGGCAUGAUGAGCGGAGGCAUGAUGAGUGAUCCAACUGACGACUACCCCCCGCACGACGACCACUACUACCCUCAUGGCGAUGACUACUAUCCUCUGGCAAGGGCGGCAAAGGUGGAAUGA